UAGAUGAAAUGAAAGGAGUAAAAUGUCAAAUAGAUGAAGAUUGGUUUUCUUGUAUAGAACUCGCGUUAUAAAAAAUCAAGAACCCAAAUACCUGCGCCAAACUUAAAUCCAUUGAGGAGGAUGUAAUUGAAUUUGCUACGUACAAAAACUUGAGUCGCGACAUGCGCAUCUAUUUGAACAUAAUGGUUUCUACGGUGGAAAUAUACAUAAGUUGAGUUGAGAGCAGUCUUGAAUGUCUUAUAAAACCAUAACUGUGCCAUUCAGUAAAUGGAAAUACAUAGUGAUUUCUCAUAAUAUUGUAUGCGUGAACCCCCGUAGGCCUCGUGGUUCAUUUGCUUAGCGUACAGACAGCAAUAUGACGUCUGGAACAUUAUGCCCACAACUCAGCACAGUUACCAAUGAAACAUUGUUUAUCACAAAAGACAAUGUAGGAGAACUAAUAACUUCCACGGACGAACGGACACCCGGUACAAGUGUAACAGUUGGGUGUAACCCCGGGUUUACAUUGACGGGAGAUAAUCAGUUUAGCUGUCGGAGUGACGGGACGUGGUCAUACUCGUCUGAGCCAUCAUGUUCAGUCGACACAGUGACUGCUGCACCAUCACAGGGAAGCGGACGUAGCAUAGAAGAUGAUACAAAGAUUUUGAUCGGAGUCGUUGCGGCGGUUGCAGGCCUUAUCAUCAUUAUCCUGACGAUCAUGAUCUGCACCAUCUGGUACAGGGACCGAAAACGAAGGAGGGACAGUCGACGAGUGUUGAUAGAAAAUUUCGAUAGAAAACCGCCGCCCAGAAGACCGUACGUGUACGAAACGAAUUAUGGGAGACGCCCCGGGCCGUCGCCAAUGGAGAUGGACGAACAGCAGCACGGUCCUUCCCAACCAUAUAGAUACAUGUAUUACAAUGGGGAAGGUGGAUAUCGAGCCCUUCCUACACUACAUCUUUGUUGCCCGAAGUCUGUACUGAGUGCCCCCAUGUACAUGCCACCAGAUCGGAGGAACGAGCCAAGACCGGGCUACAGCGACUAUUACGACGACAUCAAAAGAAGCAGGAGGGUUGAUAAUGAUAACUACUCCGAUCCAGGCAAACACAAAUAUGUGAGUACAUGGGUGACAAGAAGUUCCAUGGGCGAAGCCAACGAAUACGACAAAGCGCUGGUUCAUAGCAGGAGGGACCCAUUUCUAUGGCGAAAUGCGUAGAAAACUUGAAUAGAACCUACUGUUCCAGUAUAAAGAGGACUCAUAUUAGAUAACAGCGGAUAGAUUGUGUAAAUAGUAACCAUGACAUUGUGAAUGUAACCUGCUACCUAUUAUCUGUUUUUGUACAAUAAAAAUCUAAACAUUAA